CGUAGCAUCAUCCACCUAGUUAAUACGCUAGCUCGCAUCACCGCGCAGCCUUCCGCCGAGGUGCACUUCCCCCACUCUCCCUCCAGCCGGCUCGCCGCAGCGAUAGUCCGGUACAUAAAAUGAAGCGAGCGUCAGCGUUAUGGGAAGCUGUGUGGCUGUUUGGCUUGUGCUGAUGUCCGAGGAGACGAUAGUGUUUUUUUGAGAUCUCUGUCAAGGAGGUCAAAAUCAGUACGGGGAAUGGACGAGCAGAAAUCAAACUGCGAAGAAAAUGACUCUGAACCAACAGCUGAUGACAAUGCCCCUUCAAAGCAGCUUGUCCCCUCUGAGGAGGAGUCCAAAGCCCUCCUUGCUGCUGAGGACGUGUCUGGUGCUACUGCAGCCUUGUCCAGCAAACCUGUAGAGAGCGUUCAAGCGUGUGCGCUUUGCAACUGUGUGGAGAGGAGCCUGCAUGGACAGCGGGAACUGAGACACUUUGGGCCAUUUUCUGAGCGGCCAACUCUCAAGCCAUCAGCUUCCCCACUGCCACAGCCUGGGAAUGAUGACCUGUCUUUCAUCGGAUUUUCCGACUCCCCCUAUCUGACGUCACUCUUCGACGACUCAGGGGGUUGUGCGGUUCAUCACUGGUGUGCGGUGUGGUCGGAGGGAGUGAAGCGGAUGGAGAAUGAGGAGCUUGAAAACGUGGAUAAGGCCGUUAUCUCAGGGACACAGCGGCUCUGCGAAUACUGCAAAAGGCUGGGCGCAACCAUUCAAUGCCAUGCUGAGGGCUGCACGCGGUUCUACCACUUCCCCUGCUCGGCAGCCAGUGGAUCCUUCCAGUCCAUGAAGCAGUUGGUCCUCCUUUGUCCAGAGCACAUAGACAAGGCAGAGGAGUUGGCAGGUGAGGAGUCUUGGUGUGCAGUGUGUGACUCAGCGGGGGAGCUCACAGACUUGCUGUUCUGUACGGGUUGUGGCCAACAUUAUCAUGCAGCCUGUCUUGAGAUUGGUGCCACGCCCAUCCAAAGGGCAGGCUGGCAGUGCCCAGAGUGUAAAGUGUGUCAGACUUGCAGACAACCAGGAGAAGACUCAAAAAUGUUGGUAUGCGAUGCCUGUGAUAAGGGCUACCACACCUUCUGUCUCCAGCCAGCCAUGGAUUCUCUUCCCUCUGACCCAUGGAAAUGCAGAAGGUGUCGUGUAUGUACGGAGUGUGGUGUCCGAGGACUGGUACUGCCAGGUUUGGCCCAGUGGUUUGACAACUACGCCGUGUGUGAGGGCUGCCAGCGUCACCGCAGCUGUGGUGUGUGCAGCAAAGCUGCCAACUCAUCUGUCACUCUGCUGUGCUGCAGCAUGUGCCACAGGUGGGUGCACAGUGAGUGUGCUUUACCGGGGGAGCUUUCAGAAGCCAAGUGCAUUUGCCGGCUUUGCAAGGAGGAUGAGCAGCAGCCUGUCGCUCAACCAUACACAGCGGAGAUACAAACUAGAGAGGCGUCCGAGGAGACUGAAGGCCGUGUGAAUUUGGUGGAGAUGACGAUCCAAACGGACGCAGACAUGGUGACAGAAGAGCACACAGACUUACCAGAGGUGACACCAGGACCGAAAGAUGCAUCAGAGACGGUUCAGGCUGAAGCCAUAACUGAUAAAGAGGCACCAAUGGGCUUGGGGGCGGAGUCUGCAGUUGUUGAGACAACAGAUGGGGAGAAAAUCAAAGAGGACGAGCUGCAGGUAGCAACAGAAGGAUUAACUUCGGAGGCAACUGUUGUUCCACUUGGGUCCACAGAAUGUGCAACAAAAGAACAAGGGGCCUCUUGUCUUCCGGCUGAUGAAGAGAGAGCAGAAGAGGAAGUCAGCCAGGUGACUGAAGCCAACCACUCACACGACUCCACAGCAGAGACACAGUGUGACGACCUUGGAGCAGAACCUACACCAUCGUCACAUCAGGGCCCUGAAAGUAUGGAGGUGGAGAAGGAGCCGCAGGAGGUCACUCCCUCAGUGGACCAAGAAGCAUCACCAGAGUUAUUAAACGAUGGUUCCGAGUGCACGCCUAUCCUGGAAGCGUUCAGUAAUGAUCCACCAAAGUUACCAGCUUCUCCUGCCUCUUUGGAUCAAGCGGAGCAUUUGCCCAUGGAUAAUCGUCAGGAAAGAAGUCCAUGCCAGGACCCCCAGUCUCCUUCUUCUUUGUCAGUAGACACACAAGAGGUCUUUUCUAUGGAAAUAGGUGCGAGGCUACUACCUCACUCUGAGGAGGAAGAUGAUGAAGAAGAGUAUGAUGAGCAUAUGAGAGGAGAAGGACUUCAUGUGGACAUAAAGCAGGAACUGCAGGAGCAAGAGGUUAAGAGGGAAUUGCUGCUGGACGAGAUGUCCUAUAUGAGCCACGGAGAUGAGAGCAGCAGUGGCUUCUUGGGCUCUCCAGGAGAACACGAUCCUCAGCUCUCCAUGGAGUUUGGCCUUUUACCCACGAGCCACUCACACACAGAUAAUCUGCACAGUGAGACCGAUGACUCGCUUCCCUUUGAACCAUUCAGUAGCGACAGAGAGAAGGUGAAACGGAGAGGAUCCCCAGGCCGCUCACGGGUCAAACAGGGGCGAAGCAAUAGUUUUCCUGGGAAGCGUAGACCUCGAGGAGGUGGUGGAGGGAGAGGGCGUGGUGGGAGGUCACGCCUCAAAGCCAUGGCCUCCUGCAUUGAUGCUUUCUUGCUAAGCAUGACCACAGACACUGGACUAAAUAAGGAGGAAGACGAUGAGGAAGAUGACACAAUGCAGAACACAGUGGUUCUUUUUUCUAACACUGAUAAAUUUGUUCUACUCCAGGAUAUGUGUGUCGUGUGUGGCAGUUUUGGAAAGGGUGCGGAGGGGCAGCUAUUGGCUUGUGCUCAGUGUGCCCAGUGUUACCAUCCGUACUGUGUGAACAGCAAAAUCACCAAGACGAUGCUCCGUAAGGGCUGGCGCUGUUUGGAAUGUAUUGUGUGCGAGAUGUGCGGAAAGGCUUCGGACCCCUCUCGUCUUCUGCUGUGCGACGACUGUGACGUCAGCUAUCACACCUACUGCUUGGACCCACCCCUGCACAAUGUUCCCAAGGGUGGUUGGAAGUGCAAAUGGUGUGUAUGCUGUGUGCAGUGUGGUUCCAACUCUCCGGGUUUCCACUGUGAGUGGCAGAACAACUACACCCACUGUGGCCCCUGUGCCAGCCUCGUCACUUGUCCGGUAUGCAGAGAGAACUUUAUGGAGGAGGAGCUGCUGCUGCAGUGUCAGUACUGCGAUCGUUGGGUCCAUGCCGUCUGUGAAAGUUUGUACACGGAGGAUGAGGUGGAACAAGCUUCUGAUGAGGGCUUUGCAUGCACAUCCUGCUCCGCAUAUGUUCCAAAACCUGUGGUAGUAGAGUCAGCCAUUAUGGCGUCGAUAAAGAUCAAAGAGCCAGAGCCCCAGUUCUAUCGGUUGGAGGGUGUGUGGCUGACGGAGUCGGGUAUGUCCCUGCUUCGCAGCAUCUCCAUGUCUCCUCUGCAUAAGAGGCGGCAACGUCGCUCCCGUCUCGGCACUCUGUGCUGUGAAGGCGGUCCUGAUGGAAUGGAUCUAAGGGAAGUCGAAGAAGGGGAGGAUGGAAAAGGCUGUGGGGAACCCAUGGAAUGUGAAUCCAAGAUGGAGAACCCUGGGAGCCCUGAUGGAGGUGCAGAGGGAGGCACUGAAGGCAUGGCUGACUGCGAGGGCCUCAAAGGAGAAAUGGGGGAGAUGGAUGAUAGCAAAAAAAGAAAGCGGAAACCCUACAGGCCUGGAAUUGGAGGCUUCAUGGUGCGGCAAAGGAAGUGUCACACACGAUUGAAGAAAGAAUUUUUUGCCCAGUUGGCUGGAGAGACGACAUUAGAUGGACAACCAAUAGAGAGAACCAUUGACGAAGGACCUCACCCUGACACAGAUAACAUAAUGGAUCCUAAACCAGUGGAGGGCGAGGAACAGGCCAAGAAACGCCGGGGACGGAAGAAAAGCAAACUUGAGGACAUGUUUCCAUCCUAUCUUCAGGAGGCUUUCUUUGGGAAGACACUAAUAGACAUGAGUAAGAAAGCUGCGUUGAUACCUCCUGGGCAGAGGCCAGGCGCAUGCCUGGUCCGACCUUCAUUACCAGCACCGUCAGGGGUCAGAACGACAGCCCCAGAGACUGAGGAUCGCGUGGUGAUGUUUCCUCUCAAGCAAGAAGGGGGUGACGCCUCUCAGGCUCAGGGAGAAGGUGCAGGAGUUGAGGCACCAUCCUCAUCGCUGAAGGAUCAGGCGCCAAGUGAUCCGCACGACUCCGAUGCAGAAAAACGUGAAGGUCUUCCGCAAGGGAUGGAGAGUCAGGACUCUGAGCAGUUCUUCAGAAAGGUUCUGGGCGUGUCAGAAGGCUCCUCUUUGGGGGGAAUGAAGCCCAUCUUAGAGGGCAGUAAGGGGGAACUCAAUUGUAGCGCUCUGCCGCAGAGAGCUCUCCUCUCAGGGUCCCUGCCCUCAGCUGGAAUGAUGGAUGCUUUUCCUGGCAUCACUCAGUCACCGUUCUUUGAUAUGCGGGAUCGAGGAGGACUGUUCAGUCCAGAUGGGGGUGAUGAGAGCCCCUGGGCCACUCCCUCUACCCCAGCAACCCCCUCCUCCCCAUCAACCCUCACUGAGGCAGAGGGCGAUGGGCUGUCCUACAACCAACGCAGUCUCCAGCGCUGGGAGAAAGAUGAGGAGCUGGCAGAACUUUCAACUAUUUCCCCUGUGCUUUAUGCUAAUACAAACUUUCCCACUCUCAAACAGGACUACCCAGACUGGGCUAGUCGCUGUAAGCAAAUCAUGAAGGUCUGGAGGAAGGUUUCAGCUGCUGACAAGGUUCCAUAUCUGCAAAAGGCCAAAGAUAACCGAGCAGCUCAGAGGAUCAACAAGGCGCAGAAGCAGGCGGAGAGUCAGGUGUGCAGGCCAAUCAAGAUAGAGGGAGGAGUGCGUGUGAAGACUGAGCGACCCAGUUUACACCUCCAGAUCCCUCCACCUUCAGGCUCGACGUCAAUCUCUUCCCAGCCCAGCUCUGCAGAAAGCCCAUUUCCUUUCCUUCCAGUUUCAGGAUCAUCCUCUGUCUUUUUCUCAGAUGGACCCGUUAAGACCCCAGGGUCGGCUGAGAUCCGGACAGAUCCCUUUGCUAAGCUUCCUCCUCAGCCACCCCAUUCACACUCUCACCCAAGUACACCCUUUUCCCAUGCUGGGGCCAGCCCCUUACAGGCCUCUUCCUCAGGUUAUUCCGCUUCCGGCCCACAGGGUCCUCCUCAGGGACGGCCAGCCAGUCUCGGCCCCUUUGACAUGCAACCAGGAACUCCUGGAACCCCCAGACGGGCUCAGCAGGUUGACCCCUACUUCAGAUCACAGCUGCAGCAGCAACAGGGCCAUCUACCACAAUCGCAGCAAGGCUCCCAGGAGUCCCUUGGACCUCCAGAAAGUCCUCAUUCAAGAGGCACAGGGCUUGGGGAGUCGCCUAUUUUCUCGCCACCCCACAAUACCCACUAUGGAGACCCUUUCAGGACCCAGCAAGGGAUAGGACGGUCAGAAUAUGGUUCAUCCCCAUCACCCUCUGCACCGUCUUCCUCACCUGCAAGCACAGGGCAGUACAAGGCUGAUAUGAGUGCACCAUGUCCACGCUCUUCUGCAGUUGGAAGACCUGAUCUAUCCAUUGACUCACCUGCUGGGAUGCUGGAGUCUGGCGAUGGUUUAUUCAAGGCACCUAUGAUGCCACGAAUGCACCAAGGGGAGGGUGGGGCACUUCAUCCCGGAGCUUCCCCGAGCCACCCCUCUGAAGGCUACAGGCAGUCUCCUUCCCACCCUUUCUCUGAUCCCCACACUCAGCCGUCACUGGCUCCCAGGCCGCAGUCAGGUGACAAUUGUUCUCUCGGUCCCCAGAGACACCAUGUAGCUCAACAGGAACUCUGCCCUCGAGUGCCCUCCAGCCCUCAGUCCCAGGGCAGCUCUCGGUCUCCCCACACUCCUGGUGGCCAUUCCAAUGAUGCCUACUCUGUCCAUUCUCCUGCUGCCCCUCGUUUCCAAUCCCCAGACCUUUGUUCUCAGCCACCUUCAAGGCCACAAUCUAGAGACCCUUUUGCUACUAUCCACAAACCCCCUCGCCCCCCCUCUGUUGCCCCAGAGGGCACUGCAAGUUACAAAGGCUCACCUCAUCCUAACCAGCAACCUCCAUCACAUCCAAAUAACAGUUCCAUGGGGGAUCCUCUCUCUGGUAAACAGUCAGCAGCUCUUACUUACAGCCGCAGCCCCAGCACGGGAGGUUUACAAAUAACACAGCAGCAGAGUAAGAUGUUACAGGGUCAGCUUAAGCAACAACAGCCACAAGCUCAGCAGACCAUGAGUGCAGACAGCUUCAGCUCCAGGGUGCCACCCCUUUCUGGGUCUCAAGAACUAUCAGCUGCCCGCCCUUCAGAUGCAUCUCAUCAGCCAGCUUUGUCAGGCACGCAAGAAAUGACUGACAUCUCAGCAGUACUGGACCCUGCAUUAGUAGGCCUUAGCCCCGCCGAGCUGGAGAAGCACCGACAGCGGCUGAGGCUGAGGGAAUUCUUAAUCCGACAACAAAUGCAGAGAAAUUCCAUCAGACAAGAGAAGGAGGCGGCUGCAGCUGCAAUAGCAGCUGCAGCAGCAGCAGCUACUGCUGCUGCGUGCAAUACACCCCCUGGCUGGUCUGGAGGAGAGAUGGGAGCCUUUCAACAAGACAAGGCCCACAGAGCACCACCACCUUAUCCACAGGAUCGUGUUGCUGCUACUACUGCUGGACCUCAGACGUCUGUGGCAGGAAAGAUGACCAUGGCUGUUGGAAGCAUGGCGGACAAGCUCAUUCGCCCACCACCUACAGGAACUCCUGGCAUCAUGGAUCCAAGUGCACUAAGGCCACCAGGUCCCAGCAGACCUCAGGGCAUGUUUGCCCGUCCUCCAUUCCCUCCUCAGUGGCAGGGCCAGCCUCUCGGUCCAAGGAGGUUUCCGCAGCCUGGCAUGGAGGCUAUGGGCAUAAGGCACAAUCUCAACCCUGCUGCCAACAUCCAGGGCAUGGAAGGCAUGGGUAACCCUCACACCAUGAUACCAGGACAUGGCGGAGAGACCAUGCAGCCAAUGGGUCAAGGACCCCCACCACAGUUCAUUGAAUUGAGACACAACGCACAGAGGCUUUCCCUUCGACCUCAGUUUAUGCCCCGUGGACCUCAGCCAAGACCACGUCUCUUUCUUCCACAGCAAGAGAUGGCAACACCUUAUGUUCAGCAACAUCCCAUAGCUCAAGCUGGUGGCAUUCAAGCAGAGGGGGGCAGCAACUCACAGCUGGGAUUACCGCAGGGUGGACUGUCGAUUUUACUGCCUCAGCAUUCCACAGGACUAUUAACACAACAGCCUCAUGUGCAGUCGCAGGCAACGACUUCCACGCCAAACGUUCCUAGUACUGAGCAGCAUCAGCUUCGACAGCCGAGCCUAAUCACACACCCCCAGCCUGCCACUGCAGAACAUAGUGAGGAGCUGCCAGAGCCUGACCUUGAGGGGCUUGGGGAUGCCCCAGGGGAUGGAGGUGUUGAGGAUGAGGAUGAUUUGGCUCUCGACUUGGACCCUGACAAAGGAGAUGAUGACUUGGGUAACUUGGACAAUCUUGAAACCAAUGAUCCACAUUUAGAUGACUUGCUGAACAGUGAUGAUUUUGACCUGCUGGCUUACACUGACCCUGAACUGGACCAAGGAGACCCUAAAGAUGUCUUCUCAGACCAGCUGCGGUUGGUGGAAGCGGAAAGUGAAGCACCAUCAUCUUCCUCUGGAUCUGUACUUGUUAAAGUGGAAGGGAAAGCCAAGCUGGAGCCAGGGCAGAAGUCUCUUACUCCUGCCAUUGCAAGGGGGUCUGCCGCCCAACUGCCGCCCUCUGCAGACACUGUUGAUACCUCCAAGGUAAAAGUAGAGGACAGAGGCCUGACCCAUCAGCUGCAUCCAGGACAUACUGUGGUGAAGGAUGAAAUAGGAGAGGCUGUGUCGAUGCUUCUUGGUGGGACCACAUCAUCCGUCAAGCCUGCACAACCAGAAAACCAGUCAGCUUCUCUCAGUUCUGUUCGAUUAGGGGGACUUCCAUACCCACUCCCAGGCCAGGCUAAUGCAUUGCCUUUUCCUCAAGCUGCUCCACAUGCAGAUAUUGGAGAUGAUCCACUGGGGCUGCCUGAUGUAGGGGAACAGCACUCUCUUGCUGUGGAUUUGGCAAAGGUAGAGAGCUCUUUGGAUGGUGAACUGCCCCUCCUAAUACAAGAUCUUCUGGAGCAUGAGAAGAAGGAACUACAGAAGAAGCAACAACAGCUCAGUUCCCUCCACCAGGGAGGCAUGGCACCCCAUUUUCCUGGCCUCCUAAGUCAACAGCCUAACCCACAGGCACCUGAACAGAUCAUGCUGCCACACCACCAUCGUCCACCUCCCCAAGGAAUGAUGGCUCAGGCAGGGAUUGUACCCCGUGCCCCGCACCUGUUGCAGCAGCAAAGGCUUAUGGGACCUGAAAUGGCACCUCACAUGAAUAUGGCCCAGCAGCAAGCCAUGGUGAGGAUGGGUCAGCCCGGGAUCCAUGCAGGUGUCGGUCAUCAACCGCAGUCUCAGCCAUUGAAUAAACCACCUCUGGCCAACAACCUUUUUCCAGAUAAAGAUUUAGACAAAUUUGCAACAGAUGACAUCAUGGAUCCCAUUGCCAAGGCAAAGAUGGUGGCACUUAAGGGUAUCAAGAGAGUGUUGGCACAGGAUCCAAUGGCUGUGCCUUCUGGCAUGAACAGGCAACAAGUUUCUCUGCUUGCUCAGAGGCUGGCCUCCGCCCCGGGCACAGAUCCAGGUCAACUUGCAACUGGACCUCCAAAGGAGGGAGAAGCGAGUGAUUCCACCCAGUCGAGACCUAACCCUCCCCAGUUUGUACAAGGAAUCAUCAAUGAUGCAGAACAGCACCAAUAUGAAGAAUGGCUUCUUCACACUCAGCAGUUACUCCAAAUGCAGCUGAAAUUUUUGGAGGAACAAAUUGGAGUUCACCGCAAAUCACGCAAGGCACUGUGUGCUAAGCAACGCACUGCAAAGAAAGCUGGAAGGGAGUUUGCUGAGGCAGAUGCAGAGAAACUAAAGUUGGUAACGGAAGAGCAGAGCAAAAUUCAGAAACAGCUUGACCAGGUACGGAAGCAGCAGAAGGAGCACACCAAUCUCAUUGCAGAGUACAGAAGUAAACAGCAGCAGCAUCAGCAAAGCUCAGGUAUUCUUCCCCCGGGUCAUUCUGCACAGGGGGCCUCCCCUCACAUGUUUCCCAAGAUGCCUGGCCAGAUGAUGAUGGGCCAACAGGAAACACCAGUAAUGGCCCAGCACCCUGUUGUGAUGCCCCAAAGUGGAGCCCAACCCCAGCUGCCUGCUGCUCUUGAAGCCAGGGCCCCAGGUCCUCCUGGUGCUGCACCAGGAUUCGUCCCACAGGGGCCUGGUAUGCAAGGUGCAGACCCCAGUCUUCUCCAAGAAAGACAACUUCAACAUAGGAUGCAGAUGGCAAAGCUCCAACAACAACAACAACAACAGCAGCAGCAGGUGAUGAUGGGCCAGCAACCAAUGCCACACCCAAAUCAACAGUCUGGCCAAAUCGCUCAGCCACAAUCCGGUAUGAUGGGAAACCCACUGAUGGCCCAACAACAAGCAAACACUCAACAAGGAAAGCCAGUCAACCAGCCCAAUCAGCAGAGCAUGGCACAGGUUCCACAAGAGAUGGUUGGAGGCCAGUCUGUUGCUCCACUGUCACAGAACCUUGCUGAAGGCCAGCCUAUUAAUCAUGGUCAAGCCAUGUUGGCUGUUCAACCAGGAAUUAUGGGGAACCCACCAGUUGCACCAUCACAGCAACAGAGGCCCCAGCUUAUGAUGAGCCAGCAGGGAAUGGUUGGAUCUCCUGGUCACCCUGGCCUCAGGGGUCCGAAGGCCCAAUUGACUCCACAACAACAGAACGUUCUGGCCCAACGCAUGCUUGCAUCUCAGCAACAGCAUCAACAAAAUGUUGCAAAUUUGGCCCACAUUCAGCAGCAGCAGAUUGCACAGCAGAGGCAACAAACACAGUUGAUCAGCCAAUCCAACCAAGAGCAAGUACUCUCCCAGCCUCCUACCCCACAGAUGGGCUCGUCGCCUUCAGCAGGAAGUGUCACGCCCCAGCCACAGGGAGCUACAGACAACCAAAACUCAGGCCCCAAAGAGGGUGGAAUUCUCAGUCCUGAUUCAAGAACGCCACCGCAGCACAGUGGACCCUCGACUCCCAAUCAGAUGUCCCAACUAGGUGCUACAAAUGAUCACCAAACUGACUUGGUAAGACAGCAGUUACAACAGCAGCAUCAAAACCAGGCGUAUGUGGUCCAGCAGCAGCAGUCAAAUUCUCAAUCUGUACCUGAGCCGCAAACCGGUUCGGUUGGAAACCAACAAACUGGUGUGAUUCAACCACAUCAGCAACAAAUUCCGCUCUCUCUCCAGAGGCAAGGUUCCCUCAGUGUUGACAAGCCCAUUUUGAUGACUAUUAAAGAGGAAAGGAAACCGAUUGAUUUCUUAGCGCAGCAGCAACAACAGCAACAACAGCAGCAGAAGCAACAAACGGUGCAAAAUGCCAUGCAGCAGUCACAAGAUCCCAACAUCCAACAGCAGAUCAUAAGCCAGAACCAUCCGGGACAGCCACAGCCUGUUGUGAUCGGUCAUAACCCACAACAAGCCCUCAUGGCCCAGCAAGAAAAACAAAAGGCCAUGAUGGGCAUGAGAGCUCAGCAGCAAGGGAUGAUGGCACAAAGGCCUGUGGCUCCACCUGGACAGAGCCGCACCCCAAUAAACAUCCAGGCUAUUAUUGCUCAGAAUCCUCAGCUCCGCAAUCUUCCCCCAAACCAGCAGAUACAGCACGUCCAGGCCAUGAUCGCCCAGAGGCAGCUCCAACAGGGACAGAUGCUGCGGAUGUCUAUGGGUCAAGGCCAGCAAAGUCAGUCGAGGCCUCAUAUGCCACCAGGACAGAUGCCACAGGCUGUGCAGCCGACGCCAUAUGGAGCCAUGGGAAAGCCAGGAGCAGUGGGUGCUCAGCAACAAUCAGGCAUGUUGGGUCAACAAGCUGGUGUCCCUCCACAGAUGCAACAGGGGAUGAUGGUCCCUGGGCAGCAACAGCCACAAGUAGGGGAAAUGAUGCAGCAACAUAUUAUGAGAGGCCAGGCACCAGCACCACCUUCCCCCAUGGACCAGGGCCGAAUGGUAAGGCCAACAUCGCCACGCCAGCCAAUAGCCAAUUCUCCUGGAAAUGCAUUUAACCAAGCUAUGGGUAUGCGUCCACCCACUCCCAACCAGAACCAACAAGCACUAAUGGCAGCUGCAGCAAGCCGCAUGCAGGGUUCUCCAUCCCAUGCAUAUUCUCCACGAGGUCCCUUUGGCAUGAGCCCGGCCCACCCCGCCUCACCUCAUUCCUCCCAUGUCUCCUCACCUUCGAUAGCUGACAGCAGGGCUGGAAGGGGGAGUCCGUACAGCCACGUCAAGGCCUCUCCACUCAGGUCACCUGGAGCCAAGAGUCCGCUUGAUUGUCCUGGACUGAAAAUGGAAGCCCAUACAUCAGUGAAUGAGACAUCACACGCGGCCUCGGUUAUCCCUAAUGGUCCACAGAAAGGCAUCCAUGUUCAUCAGCAGUUGCAGAAGGUCACAGAGAACAAUGGUCCUCACACACAACAUGGCCCUAGAGUCGGAGAGCUAUGCAAGAUGACUCUACAGAACAUUAAACAGGAACCAAGAGAGUUUCAAUGUGAUGGUGCGCCAGAGGCUCAUCAUGGGGCUAUAAAGCGAGAAGCAACGGGGGAGGCUGUUACUUCUGGGAACAACACUAGCUUUAUGAAUGCUAGAAACAUGUCUGGAGACCCUGGGACUCAAGGCCCGCGAUCUGAGACUGGACAGCAACUAUUACAGAAACUUUUGAGAACCAAGAACCUUCAGCUUGGUGCUCAGAGGCCUUCUGAAGGCAUCCACAAUGAGAUCAACGGACACAUCAACAGCAAACUUGCAAUGCUGGAACAAAAACUUCAAGGGACUCCAAGAAAUAUGGAGGAUUUACAGUCUAUAACAAAAAGGGCUCCUGCACAAAAGCCAAAACGCACUAAUAAAGCAACUGGAGACAGAGGGCCUAAUGCACGGAAGAAGAAUAAGAAGGAAGAAGUUGAAAAAAGUGCUGACGCACUGAUGAAGCAACUCAAACAGGGUCUCUCUCUGCUGCCCUUGAUGGAGCCUUCAAUCACUGCCAGUCUGGAUCUGUUUGCCCCUUUCGGAAGCAGCCCAGCCAAUGGCAAAGCCCAGCUCAAAGGAUCCUUUGGAAAUGCAGUGCUGGACAAUAUCCCAGACUACUAUUCUCAGUUACUCACAAAGAGUAACCUCAGCAACCCACCAACACCCCCAUCCUCCCUGCCACCCACUCCUCCACCUUCAGUACAGCACAAGCUGCUGAAUGGCGUGACUCCUGGAGAGGAGCUGUCUGAGGGUCAGAAAGACACGGAACCAGCCGAAGAGCCAAUGGAUUCUGUUAAAGAUGAGGUGAAAAGUGUCGACAUUCUCGCAGCUCUCCCCACCCCACCACAUAACCAGAAUGAAGACAUCAGGAUGGAGAGUGAUGACGAGGAUGCCCCAGAAAGCAUCAUCCCAGCAUCAUCCCCUGAAAGUAACGUUGGAGAUGAAAUGCCACGUUUCCCUCAACUACGGGAGCCUAAAGAGGAGGAGACCGAGAGAGCAAUAUCUCCCAUCAUCCCCCUUAUACGUCGCACUGCCAUCCCAGCAUUUCCAGAAAACAAACCAUUCGAAGCAGCUGAUAGCAAGGUUGUUUCCACAUCUAACCAUUGGGACAAGGCCAAAAACAAUGAAGUAUCUGUUACAUUCACAUUGUCAUCAGCUGCUGCUAAGAAACUGAACCACGUCAUGAUGGCCGUGGCCCAGCUGCUUAAUAUCAGAAUGCCAGGUUCUUAUGAGGUGAUUUUCCCUCCUCAAAACCUUGACAUGCCCGUCGUGGAUGGGCCUGGGAAAGGACCUGACCAGUCAGGGGCUCUGUGUACGAAGGACGGCGCUUCCCCCAGUCAGGAUGACUGGCUGAGGCAGUUUGAUGUGUCUCUACCAGGCUGUACAUUGAAGAAACAAGUGGACAUCCUGGCACUUAUUAAACAGGAAUUUCAAGAAAAUGAAGACAAACCAGCCCUGCACUGUUACACCACCAAAGUAAAUGACUUGGAUGUGCGCCACCUUCCUGCUAUACUAGUGGAAGAAUCUCCACCACCAUCACCGUCUCCUCCAUGUCCUCCCCCAUCGUUCUCAGUUCCCACGAGUGAAGCUGAACCUUCCAAAAAGUCAGCUUCUCCAUCCCCGCCUCCCUCCAGUCCCGCCAUUGUCCAGAUCAAGACUGAGCGAGAACAGGACGAUGGUCCUACUAGCGAAGCUGCUCCGCCAACUGAUGUCACAGAGUCUGAAGUUGCUGCUCCAGAGUCGCUCACUGACUCGGAAACUGCCUCUGCCGUUCCAGAUCCUUCUGGUCCGACUGAAGUCUUUCUGAGUCCUGUGAUCAAGGAGGAGGACUUGGGCGCUGAUUCAGCUCCACCUCCUCGAGACUCUCCGAACAACAUGGAGUCGUCCCCUAAGGCUAUCAAGCAGCGCAGGCCUCUCUCCCCCGAUGAGGAGGUGGUACAUCCCAAAGUGAAAAAAUGGAAGGGGAUUCGCUGGAAGCGUCUUCAGAUUGUCAUCACAAUACGCAAGGGGGGUUCUAAGAAAGAGAGCAGCCGCGAGGUUUCUGAGCUCAUGGACCGCCUGCGCAUCGCUCUUCGGCCCGACAGGCUGCCGCGGGACAAACGUAAAUGCUGCUUCUGCCACGAGGAAGGCGACGGAGCCACGGACGGCCCCGCCCGGUUGCUGAACAUUGAUGUGGACUUGUGGGUGCACCUCAACUGUGCCCUGUGGUCCACAGAGGUGUACGAGACCCAGGGGGGGGCCCUCAUCAAUGUGGAGGUCGCCCUGCGUCGUGGAUUGAGAACUCUGUGCGCUUACUGCCAGAAAACGGGCGCCACUAACAGCUGUAACCGAAUUCGCUGCCCAAAUGUCUACCACUUUGCAUGUGCCAGCCGGGCUCGCUGCAUGUUCUUCAAGGACAAGACCAUGUUGUGCACUCAGCAUAAGCUGAAGGGCCCCAGUGAGGACGAGCUGGACAUGUUUGCCGUCUUGCGGCGGGUCUACAUUGAGCGCGACGAGGUGAAGCAGAUCGCCAGCAUCUUGCAGCGAGGUGAUCGGAUCUACUUGUUCCGUGUCGGCGGUCUCAUCUUUCAUGCCGUUGGCCAGUUGCUCCCGUCCCAGAUGGCCAACUUCCACUCGCCCACUGCCAUCUUCCCCGUUGGCUAUGAGGCCACACGCAUCUACUGGAGCACGCGAGUGCCCAACAAGCGAUGCCGCUACCGCUGUCGCAUCAACGAGGACGACGGGCGUCCCCUGUUUGAGGUCCGUGUUCUGGAGCAAGGCAUGGAGGACUUGCAGUAUCGGGACGCUACUCCAGAGGGCAUCUGGGAACGGGUGGUGCAGGAGGUGGCUAAACUCCGAGAUGACUCCUCCAUGCUGAAGCUGUUCACGGAACAUAUCAAGGGAGAGGAGAUGUUCGGCCUCACGGUCCACGCUGUCAUGCGGAUCACCGAGUCGUUGCCUGGAGUGGAGAACUGUCAGAACUACCUGUUCCGAUAUGGUCGUCACCCUCUGAUGGAGCUCCCUCUGAUGAUCAACCCCACGGGCUCCGCUCGCUCUGAACCCAAAGUCCCCACGCAGUGCAAGAGGCCUCAUACUCUAAACAGCACCAGCGUGUCCAAGGCCUACCAGAGCACCUUCACCGGAGAGCUCAACACGCCGUACAGCAAGCAGUUCGUCCACUCCAAGUCGUCCCAGUAUCGACGCCUGAAGACCGAGUGGAAGAAUAACGUUUAUCUGGCCCGGUCGCGCAUUCAGGGCCUGGGUCUGUACGCUGCGAAGGAUCUGGAGAAGCACACCAUGGUGAUUGAAUACAUUGGCACCGUGAUACGCAACGAAGUGGCCAAUCGGCGCGAGAAGAUCUACGAGUUCCAGAACCGGGGGAUCUACAUGUUCCGCAUCAACAACGAGCAGGUGAUCGAUGCCACUCUGACCGGGGGCCCGGCUCGCUACGCCAACCACUCCUGUGCUCCCAACUGUGUCGCCGAAGUUGUAACAUUUGACAAAGAAGACAAGAUUAUCAUCAUUUCCAGCCGCAGGAUCCCGAAGGGAGAGGAGCUGACGUACGACUACCAGUUUGAUUUCGAGGACGAUCAGCACAAGAUCCCUUGCCAUUGUGGAGCCUGGAACUGCCGAAAGUGGAUGAACUAAACCAGAAGGAAAAAGGAAACUUCCCCCCUCACUGGUGCCAGAACAGUCGUGCGCCAAAGCCUUUGAAUCCGACAUAACCAGUGCAUAAGCUGUUGUGAAAGUUGUGGAGGGCAGCUGGCCUCAGUCAGAAGGACUAACGCGUUGACACCUGUAGCCAAAGGUUUGAAGAGCAUUAAUCAAUAAAAGCAACUGACCACCUCCAUCUCCCGCAUGGUGGGACGAACUCGUGUCUGGAGUAGUGAACCUCCGUUUCUCAGCCAAAACCCUUUUCCUCCUCGACUGUUGUCAAUAAUCUCACAGUGGCUGGGAAACAAUCCUCAACAUCUACCAAAUGAUUCCGACCCUCUGAUAUCAUGUAGUGCAGAGCUCACCUGGAGCGUCGACAAAAAGCCAUUUUGAAAUACUAAGAAUGAACUGAUGAUGCAUUUUUAUCUUUUAAGUCGGACCUAUUUCCUGUCCCACCCUCACCUCCCAGAAAAGGCACUUUCCCAUCACGUCAUCAAUGAAGACAACACGGAUAUUGACUAGCUAGACAAUCUUGAUGUGGCUCUUUGUAAGAACUACAUGUGAUCGCUGGAAGAAAAGAAAAAAAUGUAAGUUAAUAUAAAAUUUGAGAUGCUUUUGAUCUGUGGCUCCAGAGGAACCAGAUGUUCUGACUGUGUGGAGUCCCAAGGGGGUUUAGUUGGACCCAGUCUACCUCAUUGAUUUAGCGGGAAGCGACUGCUUUGUAUAAAAACGUAACGGGAGGGCGGGGGAAGAGGGAAUGUUUUUAUGGGCUUAGCCUUCUCGGACAAGCAGGGAAUUUUAAGCAGCAGGUUUGCUCUAUCUACUCUAUGCUGAUGAUUUACAAUAAUGAGCCAACAUAAUUAUUAUUCAUGAAUUGUUUAUACAGAGGAAAUAUAUGACAGUUUUGAUAAGAUAUUGCAUUAAAAUCACAAUCAGAAGCUUCGCGGGUGUCCUGUAUGCCACCAAAUCCUCCUGGAUGUUGAUGUAGCGUUUUCUUUGUUCUGUUUAUUUAUGUGUCUCAACAACCAUGUUUAUCAGCUGUGUGAAAGCACAAUAACAUCAACCGUUUAAGUUUCCUGAAGAUGAGUGAGUGGCUCUCGGGUCCCAGGGCGGUCUUUGAAGAAGACGACAAAGUCCAUUUGCUUGUUGCUUCAUACAUUGAAGUCCCACUUGUUGAGAACCAGCCGGUGGAUGCAUGACUACUGUCCCAUUAAAUGCUUUUUAUUCCCCCAUAAGUCAAUCUUUUCACAACUCAACCGUGAACUUUUAAUCAUGCCUCUUCCUCUGUUAAUAUUUAGUGGACUGUUAAACUUUACUGUAGUAAGUCUUCCUCUGCCUGAGGACAGCCAGCAGUGUUUCUACUUCCCUGUCGUGUGCUUUUCUAGUGCUGGUCCUGUCCUCUCGAGGCUGAACUGAUGGCAGGGAAAGACUUAUUGGAAAAAGGGCAUUUGUUUUCCUUUCUAUAUAAGAUGAAUGAGAAAAGUCUUUAAAAGGGAGCUUUACUAGAACUCCACCUUCCCAUGCUACUCUGUUCCCCCUUUCCCUAACCUAAGACCUCACAUGAAUUAAAAAUGCAAAGUUGUACAAACUGUAUAUAUAGUAUAUGCAUUAGGGGACAGCAAGUCUUUAUCCAGCCCCUUUGUAAUCAAAGUCAAAAGUGUAGAGAAAUAAAAUUGAAAAAAAUCAACCACUGGAUAUCAUUUUAACAGAUAAAGCUGUAUAUAAAUAUAAAUAUAUGUAAAAUGGCAAACUAAUAUCUUUAUGUAUAUGAACCAGAGUGUUUUGCAUUUACCUGUUUUUCUAUUAGUGUUUUUGCUAUAAGCUCUCAGACAAGUUUGUUGAAAUAGGUUUGAGCAAAAUGUCCGGUCUUCUAAAUCGAGUGCGACGGGAAGCCGGUGGGAUUACUCAACCGUUUGGAUUCAUGCGGAGGGUCGGUAAUUGGACAUGAAAAUGACUUCCUGCGUAAAGCAGUACAAUGGUGCAUAGCAUUUGUAUUUAUGUAAUAUUGUCUGUGUUUAUUUUCUUUUUAUUUAUGCUACUGCGUGUUGAUUACCAAAACCUGUCCCUUAAUCGGUCACAAUUGGAUUAAUAUACUCCUGAAUGGAAAAUCUUGAAUUCCCUAGAAUAUUGUUAGUGUUUUGCUUUUUAUAUCUCCCUAUAGAAGUGAAUGUGUUGGUAAACCUUGUGAAAUGGUUACUUGGCCUAAUGUAUGUUAUGUAAUACUCAAAGUUAAUCCCAUACUUAACCUGGUAAUGAAUUGCACUCUUAGUAUAACGGAGAACUUCUCUAAAGUGGUAGAUAUUGAUCAAGUAUCUGAAGCAGUGAUAUAUAUAUUUUUUGGUAUGUUUCUAUUUCAAGGGAAGACCAUGACGAGACAUUAUGCCGCUCACUGGAUUUUAGCCUGAAUAAUUUUUAACUUCUCUGAAUCUUAAUUUAAAUUCUCUGCAUAUCUUAUAAUUUAAUAAAGUUUGCUCAAAUUGAAGGUUUUUUUUAACCUCACCUACUUUUUAAAAAGAUGUUGCAUCUGUACAGCAGAGAUACUUUUAGGGAAUAUGAAUAAAUAUAAUGACCAUUUUUAUUGUAUGUGGCAUGUUUUGUAUGAAUAUUAUUUUGAAUUGUACAUAUUUUUUUCAGGAUGCCAGAGGUUGCAUCUCUUUAUAUACAGCUUUCCCACUCCCUCUUCCCCUCAUCUUAUUUCUUUGUCUGCUUUUGUUUCUUGUAAAUGAAAAUAAAAUGCAUUUUAAAUAUGU